GGGUAGGAGUUUGUUGGAGCCACUGAGCGAGCUGCUGCCGCCGCGCUUGUAGAGCCUUCCCUGGUGGAAAGUGCGGAGGGCCUCCGAGGCCGCGAGGACGUCACCAUGCCUAAAGCUCCAAAAGGAAAAAACACAGGACGGGAAAAAAAAGUCAUCCAUCCAUACAGUAGAAAAGCAGCCCAAAUUACAAGAGAGGCCCACAAACAAGAAAAAAAGGAAAAGUUAAAGACUGAAAAGGCCUUACGUCUCAGCCUUAUUGGUGAAAAACUGCAGUGGUUUCAUAAUCAUCUUGAUCCCCAGAAAGUGGGAUAUUCAAAGAAAGGUGCUUGUGAAUUAAUUGAAAGGUAUUUAAAUCGAUUCAGUGGUGAGUUGGAGCAGAUUGAGUUACAUAACAGCAUCAAAGACAGGCAGGGAAGGCGGUACGGUUCCCGGGAGACAGUCAUCAAGCAGACGCUGGAGCGGGAGCGGCAGCAGUACGAAGGAUACGGCCUUGAGAUUCCAGACAUUCUAAAUGCAAGUAAUCUGAAAGUGUUUAGGGAAUGGGAUUUUGAUCUGAAGAAAUUGCCAAACAUUAAAAUGAGAAAAAUUUGUGCCACUGAUGCAUUUCCUAAGAAGUGCAAGAAGAAAACAGUCCCAUCUGUAGACAAAGCUUUAGGGGAAUUGGAACUAAAAGAUGAAUCAAAUGACUCGGAUGCGGAAAUGACUGCAGUGGACUAGUUGUCUUUGCUUGAGGUGAAAAGUGGAUAAUUAGAGAGUGUCAAGUUUACUGAUUGAUUGUGAUACCUAAUUGUCGAGAUACAGGCAUUUUCUAUUUAAUUCAUUUGUUCACAUGAUGAGAGUUACAUUUGCGGUCUCAAAUGCUAUUUCGAUUUUUAUUUUAAAAUGAAGGUUGCUUUUUAUUUACAUUGAGUUGCUUAAACAGAAGUGAUUUGCAAAAUCUGUUUACUUUGAAUUUGGGGAGGGGAGCAUAUGAGUGAGGACAAAAAAAUGUUUGGAUUGUUUUUCUCAUGUCUAUUUGGGAUGCUUAGUCUCACAUUUUUGUGGAAUAGACAGAAAUCUGUUUUCUAAAUGACUCUUAAGGAUACUUCUUGAGCUGUGAUGAUCGCAAAUUUCUUUCAGUAAUAAUGUCACAGUAAUCUUCCCCUUAAACAUUUACCCUAUUUUCUUUUUUCAUAAAAUAGGGGAAAGUAUGAUAUGGAAUUUAUAUGGUGGUACAUUACUAUGUGUUAUCAUCUGAACUGAACUAAAUGGUAAAUAAACAGUGACUAUUCUUGUUA